CAGCAGCGGGUGCCUCCUUGCUCCUCGCGAUGCUGCUUACGUCAUUUCCGGUAGUGUUCUGCGACAAAGCACCCCCUGACAUAGUGUUCUUCUUUGCAGAUGACAUGGGUUGGGAUGAUCCGAGCUUCCACGGGUCUUCCCAAAUACCUACGCCAAACCUGGACGCCUUGGCGGCGGAUGGCGUCAUACUCAACAACUUCUACGUCCUGCCAGCCUGCACGCCUUCGAGGUCGGCUUUCAUGACCGGUCGCUACCCAAUACGCAUGGGUACUCAAGGCUACCCUGUCGACAUCGGCCAGCCCUGGGGACUGCCCUUGGACAUACGAAUUCUGCCCGAGUAUCUCAGAGACCUGGGUUAUGAAACUCAUUUAGUAGGAAAGUGGCACCUUGGCUCUUACAUGAAGAGUCUUACGCCACCACAGCGGGGAUUCGACAGUUUCUACGGGUUUUACUACGGAGAAGAGGACUACUACAGCCACAACGCAACUUUCGAGAACCACACGGGUCUUGACUUCUGGUUCAACGAUGAGCCCAGAUGGAGAGACAGCGGAAAGUAUUCCACAACGUUGUUCACUGAAAGGGCCCAGGAAAUCAUACGGAACCGGCGGAAGCCAUUAUUUCUUUACGUGGCUUACCAAGCGCCGCAUGGUUCUGGAGGCGUUGACCCUCUGCAAGCACCGGCACGAAAUGUAAUGAAGUUUCCAUACAUUGGAGAAGAAAAGAGGACUCUCUUUGCAGGCAUGAUCGACACCGUGGACGAAUCCGUAGGCAAGGUGUUCGAGACGCUCCAAGAAGCAGGCAUGCUGGACAACUCCGUCAUUCUGUUCAGCAGCGACAACGGCGGUACGCCGUUCGGUGACCACUCGAGCCGCAGCUUCAACUGGCCACUGCGCGGUCUGAAGAUGUCGGUGUGGGAAGGCUCGACCAGGGUUCCCGCCUUCGUCUGGAGUCCCCUGCUCAAGGAGAAGCAAAGGGUGUCCAACCAGCUGAUGCACCUCACCGACUGGUUUACUACAUUCUACAGACUCGCCGGCGGCGACGUAUCGAGCUUAGAGAACGUGGACGGACUCGAUAUGUGGGACUACCUGUCGAACGGAACAGGUUCACCUCGCACCGAACUUCUCUACAACAUCGACCCCCUGGACCCGGAGGAGUCCUCCGUGGCGGCCAUCCGCAACUCGCAAUACAAGCUGGUGCUCGACGCCUCGGCUGCCGACAACGAACGCUACCGAACGACGGGUGGACGUCGUCCCUUCAACGACGUCGACGAGCUGCUCGCCCGCUCCAGGGCCGCCGAGGCGCUGAGAAAAUUCUACAACACGGAUCGCUUGGAGUUCCCCAGUGACUGGAGGCAGAGGGCGAGGCUCACUUGCGGGGAAGACGCUACUGAAAACUUCUCCCCAGAUGACAAGGUGUUCCUGUUUGACAUCGAGAAGGACCCGUGCGAGUUAAACAAUCUCGCAGCGGACCACCCGGAGAUCGUGUCGGCCUUGAAGAAACGUCUGGAUUACUACCGAUCUGUCGCAACUCCUGCGUUGAGCAAACCUCGUGACCCCUUAAGCUUUCCCGAGAACCACAACGGAACGUGGGCACCGUGGAUGCCAGAUCCUUAAAGCAUCGUUUAUACACAUUAACG